AUGGUAGGAGGAGGAACGCCUACGCAAUCAAUUGCCGAACUCAUUACAGAGUUUCAUAAAACAACAGGAGAUGUACCACCUUCACUUAUUGGUGCAACUGCGACUUUGAUCAAUCGACAUGUGUAUGUCUUUGGUGGUAGAUUACAAUCAAGUCGACAAAUAUCCAAUCGACUCUAUGUUCUAUCUUUAGACACUAUGUCAUGGAAAAUUGCCUUUCCUCAAAACACUCCACCUGUGCCUCGUUAUUUUCACUCAGCCAGUGCACACAAUGAUACACAUAUCAUAUUUUAUGGUGGUAUGACAGUUGGACAACACCAGCAUAGACGAUCCGUACCCUCAGAUGAAUUGACAACGCUUGAUGACUUGGUCUUUUUAGACAUCAAGUCACUCGCCUGGGAGUAUCCCAAUCUUACCAAUCAGCCUAUUCCUUCGCCUCGUUACGCCCAUAUUUCGACCCUAGUGAAUGACAGACUGUUCAUUUUGGGUGGACAAGACAUUGAAAAUAACUAUCUGACAGACAUUAGCAUCUUUGACUGCAGGAAACGAGCGUGGUGUGAGCCAAUCUCAACACAGCAAUUUCAAUAUGGUGCCUACCGCUCAGCUGCAGUAGCAGUUACACCAAUUCAACUAUCCCCACCCUUUGCACCCAACAUGGAUCUACUCACUGAUCCUUUUGAGGAGACAAACAUCACAGUGAAAGAAACGGAUAUCUCUAUUCAUGUCUAUUCAAACUAUAGUGGAGCUGAGAUCGCUCGACAGUUGCAUUCAUGGAAAAUAAACACUAAUAGUGAGUGUGUGGACAUGCUGAACCAGACUGAGCAAGUUGGAGCCAAUAAUACUGCACCGCCUCCUAUUCGAUUCCCAUCUGCAUUUAUGUGUGGUCAACAAUUCAUAUUGGCAGGACCACAUAUGAGCGGCGCAGUCCAACAGUUUCAGAUUUGGGCACUUGAUAUGACAAGCUUUGUUUGGACUAAAGUUGAGCCUGGUCCUGGCAUCGCACGUGGCUCCUGGUUGCGCGGAAUGUUGUGCGAAACAAUGAACAAGUUCCUCAUCUUUGGACAUCCAGCACGCAAUAUGCAGGAUGACUACAAGAACCGUGUUCACUGCUUUGAUUAUCUAGCUCUCGUUGACAUUGAGGUGUUUGGUAUCUACAGACCGCCACAGACAUCCUUCAGUACCAUCGGACAAAGUUUAGGAUUAUCAAUGCUCAAGGAUCCUGUGUUAGCAGACCUCAAGAUAACAGCAACUGACAACAAGUCUAUCUCUGUUAAUUCAUCCGUCUUGGCUCAGCGAUGGCCAUCUAUCCGCUCACUACUUAAACCUGUCACCUCCCCUCAGCCUGGGAUGUCAGAAAUACUUGACCACGACAAACGAGAGCUUUCAUUUCCUGACACCUACAUCGUCCUUAUCGCAUUCCUGCAGUAUAUUUAUACUGACCAUCUUGUCACCGCUCAACAGCACCAACCUCAAAUUCUCUCACGGCUCCUGUUUGUAGCCGACUUUUUCCAGAUCACACGACUCAAGGAGCUCGCGAUCCAUGCUCUACAUCAAAUGCUCAAUAUGUCUACUGCUGCCAUGAUUUAUGAAUCUGCAUCGUUAUCAAAUGCAACUUCAUUACAAAUUCGUGCUUUGCGUGUACUAAUCAAU